AUGGAGCGGUGGAUCCUCGAGGAGUCGGCCGCUGACCGCGCCCGUGGGGGCACGGGGGCUGUCCAGCUCAGCCGGUUUCUGUUCCUGAUGGCGUUCAACCUGAUGGGGAACAUGAUGCUGUCGAGGGACCUGCUGGAUGCCAAGGAUCCUAGGUCGAGGCAGUUCUUCGACUGCAUGAGCCGGGCGAUCGAGCUUGAGGGGACCCCCAACAUAGCCGAUUACUUGCCGUGGCUCAAGUGGAUGGACCCACUGGGAAUGAAACGGGAGAUGAAAAGGAAUCUGAGCGUCGCGAUGCGGAUAACGUCCGGGUUCAUCCAGGAGAGGCUGGACGAGCGCAAGGCGGGAAAAGCCCGGGAGACGAAGGAUUUUCUGGACGUGCUGCUCGAGUACGAGGGGGAUGGGAAGGACGGGCCUGAUCGUAUUACUGAAAAGAAUGUCAACAUCGUCAUCAAGGAAAUGUUCUUUGCGGGAUCUGAGACCACGAGCAUCAGCAUCGAGUGGGGGUUCGCCGAGCUCCUUCGCAGCCCACACGCGUUCAAGAAAGUGCGGGAGGAGCUUGACCGGGUCGUGGGCGUGGACCGGCGGGUCGAGGAGAAGGACAUCGAGAACAUGCCUUACCUGCAAGCGGUCGUUAAAGAGGCUUUCCGCCUACACCCUGUAGUGCCCCUGCUGCUCCCCAGGAAUGCACAGGAGGAUACCAACUACAUGGGCUACCACAUCCCCAAGGACACGCAGGUGCCCGAGAAGUUCCUCGGGUCCAACAUAGAGUACAAGGGCCAGCACUUUGAGUUGAUCCCGUUUGGGUCGGGCCGGAGGAUCUGCGUCGGGUUCAUGCUGGCCCACCGGAUGGUCCACCUCGCGAUGGCAACCCUGGUUCAGUCGUUCGAGUGGGAUCUUGGGCCAGGCGUCAAGCCCGAAGACAUUGACAGGGAGGAAAGGCUGGGUUUGGCAGUGAGGAAGAAGAACCCUCUGUUUGUGAUCCCGACUAAGCGCAUAAAUUGUUGA